CUCAGAUGAGAGGCAACAGUGAGAUGCCCCAAAGAGGAACUGGACAGGAGCCUUCCAGAACUGUGACACAGGCUACCAUUCUGGCCACUUCACUCCUUCAGACAGAUCACUUGGCCUCAGUUCCGGCACGGCCCAGAGGAACCCUCGGCACACAGACCGCUCGUGACUGCCGCUCCCCUUCCUGCUCUCACCUGUUUGCCUCCCGGUGACUGAAAUGACAAUCAAAACUAGACGAAGCAAGCUUCCUAUUUACACAGGCCAAAUGAUAACCCUGAAGACUACCCAGAGUGAUGACUUCUGGAAUAACCCCUGGGACUUGGGGGGCCUGAUAGUGAUUGGGUUAUUCAUCUGCACUUUCCUGUUCCUCACCCUGUUUGCCCUUGUGUUUGGGUAUGUGGAAAAGGCUAUGUGUGAAGAGGACUGACCUGACUUCCUGGAGCCUGGGGGCAGCAGGGAAAGACGGGCUGACCGACCUGCUGCCCCCCACAGCAGCGGCAGCUCUCCAGCCCCUCAGGCUCAAGAAGGCGUCUACCUUCUGGAUCUGACUCAGGGACUGCUGGUCAAAGAGCAAGAUGGGAAGGCUGGUCUGACCCUGUUUCAGGCUCUCCCACCCGACUACCAGCUACCACUGGAAGCGAUGGAGAGGGACACUCUGCUCCACCUGAAGUGGCGGCGGCAGCAGCGGUGGCUAACAAGGUCUUCUAAGCUUCCCUGCCCAGGCAGCAAUCCUGCAAGUCCCCAACAGAGAAGGACAUAAAAUGUCAGAUGAAGUAAAACUCCUUUUCAAAUCCA